UCGAAGAUGGCGGAGGGAGAACUGAACGUGGACAGCCUCAUCUCUCGGCUCCUGGAAGUUCGGGGAUGUCGCCCGGGGAAGAUAGUCCAGAUGACGGAGGCAGAGGUCCGGGGCCUCUGUAUCAAGUCCAGGGAGAUCUUCCUCAGCCAGCCCAUCCUGCUGGAGCUAGAGGCUCCUCUGAAGAUCUGUGGUGAUAUCCAUGGCCAGUACACAGAUCUGCUGAGGCUGUUUGAGUAUGGUGGCUUCCCUCCAGAGGCAAAUUACCUUUUCCUGGGCGACUACGUGGACAGAGGGAAGCAGUCCCUGGAAACCAUCUGCCUUCUGUUGGCCUACAAGAUCAAAUACCCGGAGAACUUCUUCUUGCUCAGGGGCAACCACGAGUGUGCCUCUAUCAACCGCAUCUACGGGUUCUACGAUGAGUGCAAGCGCAGGUUUAACAUCAAGUUGUGGAAGACCUUCACUGAUUGCUUCAACUGCCUCCCCAUUGCUGCUAUUAUCGACGAGAAGAUCUUCUGCUGCCAUGGAGGGCUUUCGCCUGAUUUGCAGUCGAUGGAGCAGAUUCGCAGGAUCAUGAGGCCAACAGAUGUACCUGAUACAGGUCUGCUGUGCGACCUGUUGUGGUCAGACCCCGAUAAGGACGUGCAAGGCUGGGGAGAGAAUGACCGCGGGGUCUCCUUCACCUUCGGAGCAGACGUGGUCAGCAAGUUCCUCAACCGCCACGACCUGGACCUCAUCUGCAGAGCCCACCAGGUUGUGGAGGAUGGUUAUGAGUUUUUUGCCAAACGCCAACUGGUCACACUUUUCUCUGCUCCGAACUACUGCGGGGAGUUCGACAACGCUGGCGGCAUGAUGAGCGUCGAUGAGUCCCUCAUGUGCUCCUUUCAGAUCUUAAAGCCCUCAGAGAAGAAGGCCAAGUACCAGUAUGGUGGGGUAAACUCUGGCCGGCCUGUCACCCCACCUCGCACCACCCAAGCCCCCAAGAAGAGGUGAACGUUCAGCCUCAGCUCUUCCCCUCCCUCUUCCCCGGUCCGUCCUUAGUCUGCCGUCAUGGCAACCCCUGUAACUCCCCUGGAUAGCAAAGAUAUGGGGCUCAUCUAAUCGCCCAAAUCUUUUUUUCCCCUCUUUCUUCCCCACUCACCCUCCGACUCCACUGACAGCUCUUUUCUUAAUGUGUAUGUGUACAUAAAUUUGCUGUGACCAAUCUGUUUUAUUUUUGUUUGCCUGUUUAUUGGUAUUUUUGAUAUUAUUAACAAAUAAUCUUUUGGUGGUUUUACUUCCGAUACCACUUGAAUUUUUUUUUCUGAGAUUCCGUCUCGUGUAUGGAUAAUGCCUUCUCCUUGUAGAGGGGCUGAGUUCAAAGGAAUUGUUUUCAGUUAAACAGAAAUGAAUAUUGUUCUUGCCUUGAUCUCUGAUAAAGCAGAGAGAGUUCCGCCAAUAUAUUUCAAUAAGAUUGAUAUUUACGGCCAGUGUUAAAUCCGUACACACAAAAAACAUCUCUUAGAUUCCAGUUUAACAGUUUGAAGUCAUUAUCGCUCGUGGUUGUUGUGCACAAGCACAGUUUGUAUAUUUAACCGUUGAAAAAGUCCACGUCCAUAUGAGUAGCAAAGAAUGUGAAGAGACCGGCUUGAAUGAAAAAAAAGAGGCUGAAUCAGUUGCUGCCGACAGUGGAGACGCUCCUCUCGAACACAUAUUCCCCCGGGCAUCAAUUCCUCCACUCCGUUAUGUCCCUCCCCCCCGUGCCUCAAUUCCACACCCACACACAAACAUGCCGCUUCUCAAACCAAGCUUGUGGACGUUCUCCAUUGGCUAUUUCUUAAUUCUUAUUUUUCCCCAAGAUAGUUUCCCAGAUAUCACUGAACUAGUUCAGGUACAGAAUAUGAAAACUGGUUGAGUAGGAACUGGGUCCCAGUACCAGGCAGUUUUGUUUUGUGUGAUUGUGACACCACCUGGUGUGCAAAUAUAGUAUUACAGUACAAAUCUGAUGUAAAUUAAACUCGACAGCUCAAGAUGGGUUCUUCAUAACAACGUCAGUAAAAAAAAUGUUGGAGGUACUUCAGUUGUCUAUUCAGCUGACCACCGAUUAGCCCGGUCAGCGCUUCAGCGUCAGUACACUGCAAACAGUUGCCUCUUUCUUUUCUUUUCUCCCUCCUUCUUUAUUGCUUUUUCUACUUUGCUCUCUGUGGUGUUCUUCUUCUGUUGGACUUCUGCGUUCUUUCUUCACAUUGUUUACUUUCUACUCACUUUAUUUAUUUCCUAACGACGAUAAUAAGGAAACAAUGAGGUGUUACCAAAAGCUGUUUUGCAAUUUGUACGAGUUUGUUUGAAAGUCUAUACAUUAAAUAAACUGGAUGGAAACUAAAGAA